AUGGGUGGACUGGCAUGCGCACUGGCCUUGGCUAAACAUGGAAUAACUCGUAUCGAUGUGUACGAGACAGCAUCUAACCUUGGGUUCGUAGGCGCAGGCAUCCAACUCGCCCCAAACAUGGCGAGAAUACUGGAACGUUUAGGCUGUUGGGAGGUCAUAGCAAAGGAGGCUACAGAUAUCAAGGAUGCUAGUAUUCGCCGGCACAACGAUAACACCGAGCUCGCUCAUGUCGAUUUCUCUUAUAUUCGGAAAGAGUACGGGGUACCUCACAUGGUCGGACACAGAUCUUCGUUGGCAAACGCAAUGUUUGACGCUUGCAAGAAAGAGACAGCCAUCACGUUCCACUUCAAAUUGUCCUGUGGUGGAGUCAAAUCAUGGCUACCCAAGCCAAUCUUUACCGUCGUUCCUCGAGAGGGCGAAUCAUACGACGUUUCUGUCGAUGUCGUUCUUGCUGCUGAUGGUAUUAAAUCCGUCGUCCGACCACAGAUCCUCAGGGAACUGAAUAUCGACGCGGAAGUCAUCGACUCAGGUCAAUCCGCAUACCGUAUCAUGCUCACGCGUGAGCAGAUGGCUUCGGACCCAGAGAUGCUCCAGCUUCUGGACUCUGACCAAGUAACCCGUUGGAUCGGAGAGCGUCGACACAUUAUCGCUUACCCCAUCAGCAACAAAAGUAUCUACAAUAUCUCCACUGCCCAGCCUGAUGUUCACUUUGCCGCAGCACCUUCCGCGACAUACACCACCCGUGGGUCGAAAGCUGAUAUGCUGGAUAACUUCAAGGAUUUCUGUCCGCUCGUGCUGCGCAUGUUGAACCUUGUCCCGGAAGGCGAAAUCUGUGAGUGGAAGCUCCGCAUUCAUAACCCGCUGCCGACAUGGGUACGCGGGUGCGUUGCGCUUGUUGGGGACGCCUGCCAUCCUACAUUACCCCAUUUGAACCAGGGCGCCGCUCAAGCCAUCGAAGAUGCAGGUGUCCUUGCCGUCGUAUUGUCCAAGUUACCGGAUCGUAGUCCAGAUUCAAUUAAUAAAGCGUUGAAGGUUUAUAAACAUGUGCGGAAGAAGCGUGCAGAGACGUUAGUGGAGCUCGCAGCGGCAUCGGGAAGAACAUUACAUCUAGGUGAAGGAGCCGCACGGGAGGAUAGAGAUAAACAGUUUGCAGCCCUGAAAGACAAAGGUGGACCCAGUCCGGAUAAAGCGGUGGAUGCAGAGGUACAGAAGAUGAUUUUGGGCACGGACGUAAUGCAACUUGCCAGGAAAAACUUCGAGAACAUAUUUGAGAAUCUCUAG